GACUCCUCUUCCGCAGAUCGCGGAUUCUGUUUUCGAUCUAUCGGAUCUACAUCACCUACAUCAUCUUUACUCUAUGGCCGAUCAAGAUCUGUGGUAUUCUCUGCAGAAUCUUAACUUAGGUUCUGAAAGAGCUCCAUUGAAGCUUUCAUCUGAAGCCAAGAAUAGGAGAGAUGCUGAGCAUCAACUUAGUCUAGUAGUUAAAGGUCUCCAUCCAUCACAGAAUCCUGCAGGAAUCAAAGUCAUGAUGCCGAAAAUAUGGAAGCUUGAAGGAAGAAUCACUAGCAGAAUCAAUGACGACGGAUCUGUCCAAUUCUUCUUCAAACGUGAACAUCAACUUCUUACAGUAUUGGACAACGGUCCAUGGACUUACAAAGACUGGCUAGUUGUGGUUGAUCGAUGGUCCCGACGCCAGUAUCCAGACUUCCUUCGAAUAAUUCGCUUCUGGGUCAGAAUUCUAAAUCUCCCUGAUGAUUCCAGGAAUGAGCGUAUGAUUGAUGAAAUCGGAGGAGUCUUAGGCCAUGUUGAGGAAGUUCACAUCCAACAACCAUCAGCAGACAAGCCUGGUGAAGUAUGGGUCAGGAUUCCAUUUGAUAUUUCAGGAAAGCUGCUUUUUGCCAGAUACUUCCAAUUGGACGACUCUGGAAAUCCAACUCUUAUCCGUUACAUUUAUGACAAGCUCCGACGAUUUUGUUCCAUCUGUGGUAGCCUCACUCAUCAAGCUUCUGGCUGCAAUUCUCAAAUCCCAGAAGCAGAGCCACUACAACUUCCUGCUCCUAUUCAAGGCCCACAUCCUGAAGGCUCUCCUGCAAUUGGUAAUCAACAGGUUGAUGAACCACAUACACCCACAGAUGUGGCGGAUGACACUAUGGGAGAAACAGUUGGGUCUAAUCUGCAAAUGGAUGUUUCAGAAAAUCAGACAUACAAUGCUGCACAAGGGGAAUACAUGGAUUUCACGCAUCCAGGUGACAUUACAGAUAGAGUUAAUCAAACUUUUGCAGUUCGCGAAAUUGGAUCUGCAUCUGUUCCAGUUCAGGAUCGAGGAACUAAACGCAAGAACAUGGAGGAUGCUGAUGAAGAUGAAGUCUCUACUUCAAGGAGAAAACCGAAUGAAACUCUUUCAAAACAGGCUCAAGGGGAGGAUAUCACUUAUACAUAUAGGCCUGAUAUCCUGUUCCUCGUAGAAACAAAAAAUAAGGAUAGCUUUGUAGAAAAGCUCGGCGCGGAUCUCCAGUUUCCCCACCAUUUUCUAGUUUCUCCGGAUGGCUUAAGUGGAGGAUUAGCAAUUUUUUGGCAAGACUCAGUGAAGUGUGAUUUUCUAGGCACUCCCACGCUUCACUUUACGGAUCUUAUAGUAUCGGAAGGGCCAAUAUCUUUUUGCGUCACAUACAUCUACGGGAAUCCAGUGAGAGGCUUAAGGCAGCAGCUUUGGAGACGCAUCUCAACUCUUGCUCAAACAAAUUUAUAUGGCAAUAAACCAAGGCUGAUGCUAGGGGAUCUUAAUGAAAUCCAAAAUAAUGAUGAGAAAUUUGGAGGUCCAAUCAGACCAGAAUGGCAGUUUGCUCACUUUCGCCACAUGUUAAACAUCUCGGGUUUACAUGACGUCAAGACAUUUGGGGGUAUAUAUACAUGGAGAGGCAACAGACAAGGAGGAGAAGUUAAAGAAAAACUGGAUAGAGCAGUUGCAAAUGCGGAAUGGCAGGAUCUAUUUCCUAAAGCUUAUGCUCAACUUUUAAAAUGGUGUGGUUCUGAUCACAGGCCGCUACUAAUUAAUACAGUAGAUCGUAAAUGGCGAGGAGGUAAGCAAUUCAGGUAUGACAACAGAUGGAGACUCAAUCCAGAAGUGAAGCAAGUAAUCUCUCAAGCAUGGGUCCAAAGAUGCAGUCAUCUUCCUCCUCAAAGUUUUAAUGAGGCUCUUAAAAGAUGCAGAGACAGUCUCUCCCAAUGGAAAGCAAACAAUCUCUGCAAUUCUAAGAAGCGAAUACAUGAACUACAGGAAGCUCUACACAAAGCGUAUGCUUCUUACUCCAUAGAUUACAAUCACAUUGCUGAAAUUAAAUCUAAGUUGCAAACAGAAUAUAGGUUGGAAGAAGAGUACUGGUACACAAAAAGCAGGAUUCAAUGGCUUAAUGCAGGUGAUAAGAACACUCAGUUCUUUCACGCAAAAACCAAGCAAAGAAGGAGCUACAAUCGGAUAACUUCGAUUCAAGAUGCUACUGGAUACUUGCACACCAAUGAAAAAGAUAUUCAGGGAAUUAUCACUUCCUACUUUUCUGAUAUAUACUCUUCUUCCUGCAGAGCUAACUUGGAUCAAGUCUUGCAACACAUUUCCCCCAAAGUUACUCCAGAGAUCAAUCAAAAGCUAACUGCUCCAAUCACAGAGGAAGAAAUACACCAAGCUCUUUGUCAAAUGAAUGAGAACAAGGCACCAGGACCUGAUGGACUAACUGCAGGCUUCUUUAAGCAACACUGGAAUACUAUUAAAGCAGCAAAUGAAGUAGAGGCGGGUCAUCUUCUCAGCCUCCUACACAAAUAUGCAGAGGCUUCUGGGCAGCAAGUCAAUUUUCAGAAAUCAGCUAUCCUCUUUGGUAAGAAUGUUCCUCAAGAUAUUCAACAAAAUAUUACUAGGAUAACUGGAAUCAAUCGUGUAGGAGGUUUUGGGAAGUACUUAGGACUGCCUGAAUUGGUGGGAAGAAACAAGUGCAGCAUUUUCUCUUAUAUAACUCAACGAGUUCAAACUAAGCUUGAUAGUUGGUACUCGAAAUUAUUAUCUCCUGCGGGCAAAGAAGUUUUAAUCAAAUCAGUCGCUACAGCCUUACCUACCUAUUGCAUUGGUUGGAUUCUACAAGACGGGCAAGCUAAACACAUUCUCAAGGGAUCAUCGUCAAUUGCAGCCACAGAAUCACCUUUAGAGACAGAAGCCAUAGCUCUCAAGGAAGCUAUUCUACGAAUGAAGAUGCUGGGCUAUGAUCAUGUUACUUUCUGUGGGGAUUCUGCACAAAUAUAUCGAUACCUGGAUAAUUCAUGCAAGUCUAGAAGUAAUCUCCCACGACCACCGGCUGCUAUUCAAGGACACUUAGAGGAUAUCAAGGCCUUGGCGUAUAGCACUUACAUGUUUAAGCACAUUGGGCGUCAAGACAACACUCAUGCUGAUUUUCUGGCAAAACAAGCCAGAACCAAUGUCUCUCCUUAUGUAAUUUCAUAUAUCCUCUGAUGUGUGUAACAAAAACGAUGUAUCCUG